ACAAGUACAGAAAACUUGAAAUUAUUUCUGAAACAAGAAAGUAACUUGAACUGAAAUACUUCUAUAACUAACUAGAUUUAUUCUAUACGUUUUGUCAUUAUUAUAAUUUACAUUAUGAAAGUGACGGUUGUAUUUUUGAUUGCUAUUGUACAGGUAUCAUGGAGUUUCGUUAUACCGAAUCAAGAAUGCUCUAUGACCGCCCUUGAUUCUAACGCCAUCAACUGUUUGUCCGUUCUUGGCUUCGUGGGGAGAACAUCCGAAGACACUGCAACAUGCAGACUAGUGUCCGAGUCUGCCAACUGUCUGAAGAAAGCUGCCGAUAAACAGAAAACCCAAUGUAGUAUUGAUGAUGUCAUGUCUACUUCCCGGUAUUUUAUGGAGUCGCUGGUUCCCGCCAUUGUUCUUGAUAACUGCACGGUGCACGAGGAACCGGACAUCUGCAAUGACGACACCAGGCUGAGCGCGUUUGGCUUCACCACGUGCAGUCCAUACAUUGACAUAUUGGAACAUGUCCCCAUCGAUUACGUCUGCAUACACAUUGGUCUAUUGGUCGAUUGCAUCGGAACGCAUGUGAACAUGCUGGGAUCAAAUUGCACAAGUGACGUCAUUGGUGGCGCAAUACGAUCCACUGCUGGUCAGAUUUGGCUACGAAUGUACAACGCCGCGUUAAUCCCCUUUGUUUCAUCGUCUUGUAACUAAAGAUUUUUGAGUUUGAAUUGUUGGUGUUGACAUGUGAAAUCCAUAAAGAAUAUACGCAGAGUAGUUUACUUUUA